GUGGGCUGACCCAGCCCGCCGGCGCUAGAUUGGCUCCCGCGGCCGCUGACGCGUCGCGCUUCCUCGUCUGCCCUCGUGCUCGGGGAGCCCGCUCUCUCUUUCCCCCGGCAGAGAAGAGGCGAUGGCGGCGGUGGCACCUCUCGGGGCCCUGGCACUCCUCCUGCUGUCCGGCCUCUCCUGCUGCUCAGAGGCCUGUGCGGAGCCCCAGAUUACGCCCUCCUACUACACCACCUCAGACGCCGUCAUCUCUACUGAGACGGUCUUCAUCGUGGAGAUCUUCCUGACCUGCAAGAACAGGGUCCAGAACAUGGCUCUUUAUGCCGACGUCAGUGGGAAACAAUUUCCUGUCACCCGGGGCCAGGACGUUGGGCGUUACCAGGUGUCAUGGAGCCUAGACCACAAGAGCGCCCACGCGGGCACCUAUGAGGUCAGAUUCUUUGACGAGGAGUCCUACAGCCUCCUGAGGAAGGCUCAGAGAAAUAACGAGGACGUUUCCAUCAUCCCACCCCUGUUCACAGUCAGCGUGGACCACCGGGGCACCUGGAGCGGGCCCUGGGUCUCCACCGAGGUGCUGGCCGCAGUGGUUGGCCUGGUGAUCUACUACCUGGCCUUCAGCGCAAAGAGCCAUAUUCAGGCCUGAGGCCCGAAGGCAGAGUGCGGGGGCUCCGGCUCUCCUUUGCUUCUCUCAAUAAACACCCAUUGGCCAUUACGAGUAGUCAGGACACAGGACUCCUUGCUUGUCACCGCACCUGCCCACACACAGGGAGAGCCGGAAGCACCGCAGCCUGAGUGGGGCGGGGCAGGGCUGACGUGGUUCUGCCCUUUACCGAAGGGGGCGCUCAUUCCUCAGCCCCGCAGACAGUACCCGUCUUCGUGUUUCCCCCGCAUUGCUGUGUGGUGUGGAGCGUGGGCCAUAGUGAUUGUCCUCCCCCAAGUACAUGACCUG